GUGUGUAUGUGUGUGUGUGUGUUAGGUAUUUGUAUCCGAUUAAUAAUGAUUAUAUACGUAAUUUUCAAAUGCUUCCUAUGCAAUCGACAUACUAGACUGUUUUCCUUCUUUAAAAGACCUAACCUAAAAUUCAAGUCCUGAAAUAAUUAGAUUAAAAUAUAGGCGAGAUAAAAAGAGAGGAAAGAUUUAUUAUUACUACACAAGUUACAUACUUCAUACGUGUUCGUUUUCAAUAUGACAUCACCUGUUCUAAGAGAAUAUUUUUCUAACCACACAUGACAUACGUAUAUAUUAAAAAUGCUGUAUAUGACAAAACAAAACAAACUACGUUGAUUCCAAUUAUACCAUCAGGUUAGAUAACGUUAGGUUAGAAAAUUAACAAGUUGCAUAAAUUCGUAUCUUAAUAUUAUUGAAUGUGAAGUACGUGUAUUUCACGAUAUUUUACUAUUAUGACGGACAAUAAGAGAAAACUAUCAGGAUGUAAGUGCAUUCAGCAAAAAUUACACAAGCAGCAACGAAGGAAAGAUCAAUGCAAAAGGAAGAGGCAAACAUUUGUAUAUAAUCCAGAGGAGGAACUAUGGCAUGAACCAUAUUUGAGAGAUUUACGGAAAGAGUUUUCAGAUGUAUCUAUACUGUGUGAUUCGAAGAUUGAACUGCCAUGGAAGGAUAUUGUAUUACCAGCAGCCGGCAUGAGAAUUCGUCAAGAAGUUUCUUUAACUCCUCUAAACGAUCGUGAUGGACAAAUGGAUGAGACAGAUGUCGACAAAGAAGCAGAGGAAAAAGAAUCUCUGGGAACUAUGCUUCUACCGUGGAAGGAUUUGAUUAUUAUGGAAACUGUUCCAUCGAAACAAGCUAGUCCUGAUAGUUGCGAUUCUACAUUGGAAAUUCCAUGGAGUGAUCUUGUACUCGAAAAGCCCAUGACCAUACAGCCAGUGCAGGAAGAAGCUUGCGUUACUGAUGAUGUCGAGAUUCCAUGGAAUGACAUUUUAAUACCGCGAAAUGUAAUCAUCGAGUCACAAAAAAAGAAACACCCAUCUUCCAAAUAUCCACCUCGCUUGGCAGCAAACAGAAAGGGUGUUAAAUGUGGUUGUGACAAUGUUGGACGCAGACUGAACUUUACGAGUUGUAAAUAAUUUACAAGCUUCUGAUGAACGAUCUAAGUGCGAACUUUUAUACAAAUAUUUGCAUCUACAUUGUGUCGAAAGCUCGGAGAUUAAAUUUUCAAAUAUUAUCCCAUAUUUAGAAAUUUAUAAACACGUAUAUGAUAUAAAAAAAUAUGAGAUUACGUAAGUCUUUAUAAGUGCAAAGUCACUGAGAAUCGUAAAUUUAUUUUUAACUGAUUGAAGCCGUUUGCUACGUGAUUUGUAUCACAACACGACUUA